AUGUCUGAUCCCUCCAUGAACAGUCCUGACGGGCAUGUCCACAAGCGUAAGCGCGAGGGCUCCGACGAUCUGGGACACGAUCCCCAGCGCAUGAACCGUUCUUCCCACGGCAGUAACGGCAGUAUGGAUGCCCAGCACAAUUUCGGGCACUCGCUCAACUACGAGCAUGGUCUGCCUCCUACCGGCUCCGAACUUAACAUCGACCAACAAAUCCUUCAGCACGUCGGCCCGCAAAAUGGCAUGUCGGAUGACAAUGCCCUCACCGCGAAGGCUGCUCUCGCUGCCCAUGCUCCCCAACACAAGUACCCUCCCCCUCCUGACGCGUCUUUCGAUGCCAACAACAUGACUUCCGGUUUGAGCUUUGGUGAUGACAUGGGUCAGCCUUCUAUGGGUUCUUCCCACAACCACAACUCUACUGCCGCUGCUGUCUAUGCAGCCCGUGAAGCUCAAAGCAUGAAUCAGAAGCCCACCGUUGGCUCGCCCGAAUGGCACCAGAUUCGCAAGAACAAUCACAAAGAAGUUGAGCGUCGCCGCCGUGAGGCCAUUAAUGAAGGUAUUAACCAGAUUGCUCGUCUCGUUCCCAACUGUGAUAAGAACAAGGGCGCCAUACUCCAGCGAGCCAUCGAAUAUAUUUGCCAGCUCCAGGAAGAGCGCAAGACUAUUGAUGAGCGAUUCGAACAACACAGCUUGACCACAAACCACGCCAUCGCCGAAAUUAGCACCUCGAACUCGAAGCUGAAGGCCGAGGUCGGCCGCCGCAAUAACGUUGCCCUCAAGUGGCUUCAGCGUUGCCGUGACGCUGGCCUGGAGUUUGAUGACUACGAGGAGUCGAAGGACCUGGAGACUCUCGAUAUGGAAUAA